AUGCCCCAAAACGAGCAUAUUGAAGAGCACAUUAAGCGCCAUGGUCGGCGUCUCGACUACGAGGAGCGAAAGCGAAAGCGAGAGGCUCGUAAGGCACACAAGGAUUCGCAAUAUGCUCAAAAGAUCCAUGGUUUGAAGGCCAAGUUGCACAACAAGAAACGACACGCUGAAAAGAUCCAGAUGAAGAAGACUAUCAAGCAGCACGAGGAGAAGAAUGCCAAACAAAAGAGUGCAGACGCUGUACCCGAAGGUGCCGUGCCAGCUUAUCUUUUGGAUCGUGAGGGUCAGGAUCGUGCCAAGGUGUUGAGUAAUAUGGUCAAGCAAAAGCGUAAAGAAAAGGCUGGCAAAUGGUCUGUGCCGCUGCCGACUGUGCGUGGUAUGGCUGAAGAUGAGAUGUUCAAGGUGAUCAAGACUGGUAAAUCCAAGAGCAAGUCAUGGAAGCGUAUGAUCACCAAGGCAACUUUUGUCGGCGAUGGAUUCACUCGUAAACCACCAAAAUACGAACGUUUCAUUCGACCUAUGGCAAUGCGUUACAAGAAAGCACAUGUCACUCAUCCAGAGCUUAAGGCUACUUUCCAUCUUCCUAUCAUUGGCGUCAAGAAGAAUCCACAAUCUCCCUUGUAUACCCAACUCGGUGUUAUCACAAAGGGUAGUGUUCUCGAGGUGAAUGUCUCUGAAUUGGGUCUCGUCACCACUGGUGGUAAGGUCGUUUGGGGUAAAUACGCACAGGUCACCAAUAAUCCAGAAAACGAUGGUUGUAUCAAUGCUGUGCUCCUUGUUUAG